AUGGAUGAAAUACCUGAAUUGGUCGAAAUAGCUGAAACUAUUGAUUCUUCUGAGUCGAAGGUGAAAAAUACUGAUAAAGCCCUUAAUUCAAAGGUUCCUAUAACAAUAAUUACUGGCUUCCUCGGUUCUGGAAAAACCACAUUACUUAAUUAUAUUUUAACAAAGCAACAUGGAAAAAGAAUCGCCGUUAUCUUGAACGAAUUUGGCGAAAGUAUCGGAAUUGAAAAAGCAUUAUCAAUAAAUCAAGACGGCGAUUCAUUUGAGGAAUGGUUAGAAUUACAAAAUGGAUGCUUAUGUUGCUCUGUCAAAGAUAACGGUGUAAAAGCAAUUGAAGAUCUUAUGCAGAAAAAAGGAAAAUUCGAUUAUAUUUUGUUGGAAACUACAGGCCUUGCUGAUCCAGGUCCAAUUGUUUCAAUGUUCUGGUUAGACGAUGAUUUAGGCAGUGACAUAUAUCUGGAUGGUAUCGUUACAUUAGUUGACGCAAAAUACAUCCUACAAUACAUUUCGGAGAAGAAAGCAAAUGAUUCGAUUAAUGAAGCUGUUCGAGUUCCUUUAGAUUUCAUUUUGGACAUUCAUGCAUUCGACCUUAAACAACCACCUACUUUUGUGUCAUCACAAACUUUAAAUAAAGACAGUACAGAACAUGAUCAUGAUCAUAACCAUCAUCACAUCGAAGAGGAGGUUAAAACCAUAUGUUUAACAGAAUUCCCGUCACCGACACUCGAUUUGACAAAAGUAGAGCAAUGGAUUCAAAGCCUGUUAUGGGAAAAAAUGAUUCCAACAAAUAAUAAUACUACAUCAGAUCAAUCUAAUCCUCAAAUAACAAUUCUAAGGCUUAAGGGUAUUCUUACACCGAAUCAUGAUAUAAAGUCGCGUGUUGUCGUCCAAGGGGUUCAAGAGUUAUACGAUUUACAAUAUAUUCCUAGUGAUAUAAAUGAAAGUGUUGAGAAAAAAGGAGUGAUAAAAGACAAAAUCGUAAUAAUUGGAAAAAAUUUAGAAUAUAUGAAAUUGAGAAAUUCAUUAUGGAAUUGGAUGAAUUGGAUAUAG